AUUCUUUUGGUCGCGUUUCCCUUGCUGCGGAACCAACUCUGUGCCAGCCUCAGCAGGUUCCAUGUUCCGUCUUUCUGUUCCUCCUUUCACGAAUAAUUUGUUGAAUUUUUGACCUGAGUCACUGAAUUCUGUUGUCUCGUUUGUUCUUGCUGCAAUUCCAGGCCAGAAUUUUCCUGUUUUUUUGGAGCAUUUAUAGCUAGAAUCGUCCUAACUUGCCAUUCCACAGGACCACGGGCAGCUGUCCCUUUUAUUUCUUUCUGUUUAUGUGUAUAGGACUGUUGUCUCGUGCUUAAUUAUCUGGUUCAUUGUUUUCCUUGUGACUUUGCUUUUGCCAUUUACGAAUUACCCGUUUUUAACUUAUUAGGGGCAUUUAUUUCUUUUCUUUUGGACUCAACUUGUGUAUUGUUGAUAUGAACUCAUCACUUUCUGUGAACUCCACGCUUACGGCAGAUGAAUUGCUGCUUACAGACAAGUCUACAAGCAAAUUGAGAUCAAAGAGUGUUGACAGUGUCGACAACAAGUCCCUCCACUCAAAAAGACAUUCAUCUAGAGUGGGUUCGCAUGAGCACAUUAACGUUGACGAUUUUGUCUUGCUCGAUGAUUUGGUCUUGUGCAACGUUCCGCUCGACAUGGAUCUCAGCCGGAAACCGGCAGAGAAAGAUUUACAGCAACUGGCUCCCCAGGAUCGAGACCUGAGCAUUCAGUUGAAUCGUCUUAGUCUUUCUUCACCUUUGUCACCAGACAUGCAUCGGCGGAUGGACGAUUUGGUAGACCCGCUUCCUCUCAGCAAAGAAAAACAAUCCGUUCUAAGCGUUGGUCGUCCAUCUUGGCUGCCUCCGAAAAGCAAGGAAGAGGAGCGUCGACACAUGCAGGAAUUUGAACAAAUUCGCAAAGCAGCCGAGCGUCUAGAACGGCAGCGGAGGCAUGAUGCCCAAAGAGUGGCUGAAAAACAAAAGGCACGUUACAAACAACUAGUGGUAUUAUGGGAACAAAAAAUACUUCGUCACUGGCCUGAGUCGCUCACCUCAUCCAAAGUGAAGGACGUUUGGUGGGAAGGUAUUCCUGCUCGUGUUCGAGGACGUGCUUGGCAGCGAGCCAUUGGGAAUGAGCUCCAACUCGGGCUGGAAUCGUUUUCCAAAGCUUGUGAGAAUGCUCGACACAGACUGGCCGCCGAUGAAGAGCAACGGGUUUAUUCCGUAAAUCAAUUUCGCGACGAUGAGAGUGCCUUUGAAGUAGACAUUGUGGCUACGAUGCCGGAGCUGAAGUUGUUUCAAAGAACAUGUCCGCUCCAUCAGGAUCUGUUGAACGUUUUGCAGUCGUACUCUUACUACCGCUUUGAUACGAGUUACGUCCCUGGAACUUCCUAUGUAGCAGCUCUCUUUUUGCUAAACAUGAAUCAAUCGUUCACGUUCAAUUCUUUGGCAAACUUGCUUGACAAGCCGUUGCAGCAAUCUGUAUUUGGAGCAAGUGAUUCCACAAUGUUGGAUGUGUUUUGUCAAACGUUUUUACAUGUGUUCCGCCGUGAAAUACCUCAGCUCAUGCUUCACUUACACACGAAGCUGGAUAUAGAUGUGCGAGAGUAUGUGCACCCGAUCCUGCGAUCAUUUUUCGUGCCCAUGGUAUCUCAUGAAAUUGCUUCACGCUUUAUGGACUGUUACCUGUUUGAGGGUGAUUGUUUCUUCAUCCAGGUCCUGCUUGCCGCCAUGAAUCACUUGCAAUCGCGUCUUUACGUUUUGGAUACACACUCAGCUCUAAGCGUUUUGACAAACUCAUGGCAACUUGAUGAUGUUGAAAAGUUCCUUGCGGCCGCUAAAAGCUACGUUGUGCCUACUAUUUAACAGGGCGUUCUUAAUACUUAUCUCUUGCCCUCCCUUCAAACACACCUAAAGAUGAUUCCCAAACUUACAACCAUUUCAUCUCAGAUUUCCCUAUGGAAUUUGAGCACCUUAUUUUACCCUAUACAGUCACCUUACCUAUCACCUGUUCUUUAAAAAGAGUUUGUAAUGCUCAUCUUGCAAACACUCUACCACCACCGAAUGUAAUACUUAGCACAUAGUUGACGGACAUAGUUUAAAAUAAUGUUUACCUAAACCAGUGUACAGUUGCCUGACUCCUUGGUAAUGGCGUGCAAGAAGCAUUAAGGAAAUCUGUCGUCCGCUCUUUCAUCGUCUAGCACGCAUAAGGAACAUGAAUUGAGAAAGGGAUUCAAAGUUGCUCUACAAACGUGAAAUAGCUACCAGCAUGUCGAGCAGUUGAAGGUAUUCGUCGGCACCGUCGGUCAGGCAUUUGUCGACUUCGGACAUUUUUAAGAGGAUUUUGUGUUUACUGUUACUGGGUAUGCUUUCAUCAGCCAUUACUUUGUCAUGAAGUUGCGAGAGAAGGAGACCCGUCGAGAAGCCAUUUGCAGUUACGGUCUCGGCAACACUCUCGAUUUUGCUGAUGUCUUUGCUUUUGCUGACAUCCAAAAGCUCUUGUAUAACAUCAUCGGGAAUGCGCCCUGAGAUUUCAAUAACUGUGUUUACAGUAACUGGUGUUCCUUGAUGCAGGGUAGCAGCACUCUGCAGAAACGUAAUUGCUUUUCGCAUAUCUCCUCCGGAAACGGACACUAGAGCGUCAAUGACUCCUGGUUCUAAAGCAACAGUUUGGUCGGCAGCGAUAAACUCAAGACGUUUUGCGAUGUCUUGAGCAUCUAGAGGCUUAAAGCGAUACUUGCUGCAACGACUAGCCAGAGGGUCAAUGAUACGAGUAACAUAGUUGCACACUAAACAAAAGCGUGUAAUUCUCGCUGUUGCUUCCAUUGUGCGACGAAGUGCUGCUUGAGCAUCCUGUGUCAUAGAGUCUGCUUCAUCUAGGAUGACGAUUUUAAAAGGAGGACAGGGAUAACCACUUGCAAUAUAUGUUAGCAUCGGAUGCAAGGACCACCUUGUAUAGAAAAUAAACUAACUUACUUUACAGUAUUGUUUACAGCGAUACGUGCAAAAUUCUUGACUUUUUCACGGAUGAUGGAAAUACCACGUUCGUCUGAAGCGUUGAGUUCAAGGACACGGGACUUGACCAAUUGUGGACUUUUGAACGUUUAAAGUUAGCAUUAUUCAAGAACAAGGGCAGUCAUGGAAGGUGUCUUCUUAAACUGUGUAACAAACAGAAGACAAGUAAGACGUACCCGAAUAAUUCGCGGGCUAGAGCUAGAAUGGUAGAUGUUUUUCCAGUACCAGGAGAGCCGUAGAACAGCAUAUGAGGACUUUGGACGACUACAUAUUUAACAUGUUUGUUAGCACUGUGGUGUUUCUAUGUUACUAAUAACAUUGCAAUUCAAUGCUGCUGUUACAUACUAGUGUUCGACCCAUGGUACGGCCU